AUGAGUCGAGCCAGCAAGAUCACAUUCGGACUGUCGUGUUUGUUCACGGUGACCGCCGUGGUGGGUGUCCACAUGAUCCAGGACUUGGAGCGGGACACAUUGCACCAGGGUCCCAUCAAGGACGCGAAACGGUUGGAACAGAAGCGAGAGGAGCGGCGAUCCUUGCCCGCGAGUCCCAACGACAAACUCGACGACGCUGCCCGCGAGAAGAAACGCCAGUUUAACAAAACGGACCACGAAAUGCAGCAGGAACUGCGCAAGAAGUACGAGUCCAUUCAGCCGUUAUCUGGUGAGAUUGUCACGAGGGACCAGCCCGCAGAUAAAGGCCAGGGCAAGUGA